CAAACAUGGUGGUCAAUGUUGUUUUUUAGCGCUGGCUGUUUCGGCAUCACUAGUUCGGUGUAAUUUUACGCAUUUUUUACUGCAUCUCGUCCGUUCGUCCCAUUCUACAGUGUUCUGCUACUCUGCCCCGGGUGUUUUUGUCGCAUUGUUCACUGCAAUAUACAGUCAUGGCUAAGCCCCGGCAAAAACAAUCCCCUUGGUCUUACGCCUUCUGCCCGGGGGAAGAUGCCUAAGCGCAGGAUGGCGACGAUGCGUGGGGAAUGUUGGAUCGUGCAGUUCCUACCAGUGCGAAAGUUGUUUCUGGGUUUGUAUUGCGUGCACUAAAUACCAACCGGCUCCGCCACCACCAUCAACGGUCAGCAGCACCACCCUAUCAAAAUUGGAAAUGAGAGCACCACGAUGAGGGCUAAACUUAGAUAAUCACGGAAGACGGUGCGUCGUCGCGAUCGCAGUGUCUUCUUCACCUUUGUGCUUCCACCGUGCGUGUGGUGCACGAGCAAGCAAACUAACCAACCCAAGAAUCAUUAUUGGCUGAAAAGCAUGGCGACGUACAACAAUGCCCACUGGUUGCUGUCGCACAUCCGGAACUCCUUCAUCUCCACCGACGAUACGGGCGUCAGCGAAACGGUGAUGGUGAUGGAGGACAUCCCGCUGCAGCUGGCGAAACGGUUUCGGGAAUCACAAGCACGCGUUGCGGAAACGACAAACCAGCCCCAGCCCCAGCCAGAAACGACCGCGCCAGAUGAAGACAGCGAUGGGCCCGGCAUCGAUCCAAUCAAGCAACAAAUGCAGGCCCGGUUCGGAGUGGAUUAUGAGUACUUCUUUUCCUACCCCGGGCUGGACGAUACGGAUGAGGAAGAUGCUGACACACUGUCCCAAUCGUACGAAAUACAGAUGGAUCAGGAGAGUGGGUUCCACCGGCAGCGAUCGAACACGGCCCAGAAGCUGGAAAAGCUCGAAAUUGCACGACGCAAAGCGUCACAGAUACGAAGUGUAAAGCUGGACGACAGCUCCGUGCUGCAGCCGGAAGAGGAGGAGGAUGAAAUCAGCCUAUUGUUUAGCCGGCGGGUUUCGCUGCCAAGCGAAUCGCCACGAAAGCGACUAAGUUCGACGCUCAGCGAACAGUUGAGCACGUUGCCCGCGCUGCCGCAGAACCAAUUUCUCGAGUACGCCAAGUUCGACGGCACGGGCCACAUCGAGGUGCCGGUGCGCACGUUCAAAGUAUUCGUUCCCGCUCUUCCGGAAGAGCAGCGUGCCUUUCCGUUGCCGGUCUGCGUACUAGCCACUGCCAAGAUACAGGAGUUUAUAGGGCUGAUUUGCUACAAGUGUACGAUCGCGAACCCGGCCGUAGAGUUGCGCCCCGUACGCCACUACGGCCUGUACAUGACGGAGGAAGACGGUGAGCUGGAUUUGGAUUUCCCGCCGCUGGAUGUGAACGAACCGUGCUCGAAGUUUCGUUUCACGCAUCUCGUUAUGGCCGAACGGCGACUGUCGAGCAGUGCAAGCCAUCAGCCACUGCCCACCACCUCUAGCGGACAGUCGCUUCGAUUUGAAGCAUUUAGUACGGAGCGCAGCACGAGUCUAACUACUCCCACCUCGGCCACGGCCCCGAACGCCACCACAACGGCACCGUUAACGAAACCGAUCAAGCAACAGCCGGAACAGGCAGGUGGAACCGGUUCGAGUACACAGAAAUCGGAACCAGCUGAAACGAUGACCACUUCGCAGCGCAUUAGCAACCAGCAGAAGGAAGAUCUUGAUCGGAUCAAAGGGCACACGUCUAAAAUAGAGGCACCCCUCUACCGUACGUUUCAGGUGCAAAUCCUCCACAAAUCGCGCCUCAAGACCGAGGUGCAGCUGGGCAUCUCGGGCGAUCGGUUCGAAAUUGAUCCCAUACCGAACAAUCCGGGCAAGUUCUGGAACCGCCAAAAGCCGGCCUGCCACACGAUGGACUCCGUAGCCGCCUGUACCAUCGUGGAGCGGAAACACUCGAAGGCGGUGCUGCGGUUGGUGUACUGUACCGGCAAUGUCGUGAGCGGUGAGGCCGACGGACCGGUAAGUUUUAAGCACUACGAUAUCGAAGCGACGCCCGAUGCGGCCGAACAGAUCGUGGAGAAGGUGAACAACAUUCUCGAGGUUCGGCUGAGCCCGAUCCGGCGCGAGUACAUGCGAAGGCGGGGCAAAUUAAAACCACCCUCUAGUGCGUAGCCCAUCGAGCAGCCUGUAGGAUAAGAGGCGAGGAGAGAAACCGCGAAAGAGGAAGAAGAGAAGGAAUCAUAUACUAACACUAACUGCCAUUGUAUGUGCGUGCUUUUACGUACCACACAAUAUUCAUUUCACUCGCGUUUACGGAAGAAGCACAGAGAGAGAGAGAGAGAGAGAGAGAGAGAGAGAGAGAGAGAGAGAGAGAGAGAGAGAGAGGAAGCUAUUUAUUUUAUCCAUUCCCACCCAGACGAACAGUCGAUCGAUCGAUCGGAUCGGGCAUGAUCAUGAAACAGAAGGAAUUGCUCACCUAUCUAUCCUACGAGACACCUAACGCUUGCUUUACAGACAGCGUAAUAACGACAAAAAGAGCAAAUCCCUCUUAUGUAGUACGUACGGAAUAUAUUGUCAUUCAAGCUUUAAUAUUUAUUUUCCACAACAGUCCAAAAUGCCCCUCCAGCAGCACUUUCCUAAUCGCACUUUCCUCUUUCCAAACAACGCAACGUGUAAAGUAAGCUCUGGGCCUCGUAGGAUGAUGGGUACGCACGAACUCACUGUCGAAUUCAUUUUAAACUAACUUUUAUGCUUACCCUACCAGCAAAAUGGUCGUUCCUCGGUUUCACGACCAUGCCUAACCGAUCGAUUAUCCUUCAUAUACAGUCAUAUACACCCCAAACAAAUGCCAACAAAGACUCAAUAGACUUUACUUGCAAAAUAUCAAUAUAAUAGCCAAUUCACAGCCAGUGUUUCGCCAACGGCAAACACGUUCAAAAUAACUUAAACUGAAACAAAAAACAGUCGUGUACAGCAGCAACAAGCCAGUGGAAUAAGGAUAGUGCAAUUUAGAUUUCCUUUCUUGUUCGCAGAUAGGAGGUUUUUUUAUAUUGAUAUACAUUAUAUGAAACACACGUUUUGCGUACAAUCAAUAGAAACGAUAUAAAUGCAAAAAAUAAUAUAACAAUCUCCAACCUAGUUUCGUUAGAUAAGGGAAGAGAAGCAUUUAAAAAAAAAGUCAUAACAGUUCUAAAGAACAUACUACAUGCAAACCGGGAAAAUUGUGUUCAGCAACAUGUAACCGAUGCGCGCGAUCGCUACCUCGCUUGCGCAACUGCAGACAGGUUCUUGCGGGGAAGUUAUGCGCAGGAAGAAGGGCCGCCAUGGAAGCGGAUUUUUUUUUCUGUUUUUUCCUCUAAUUUUAUACAAUAAGUUAAGCAGCAGGCAAGGAAGAGAUAAUAUAUAUACAUGUAAAUGUGAAACGAUGUGUUCCUUUAGCAGUUAGCGAGCGAUUAGUUAAGCAGGGCGUUAAUGAGCAACAGGCUGGUGCAUGAUGCACCGUGCCGCUUCUACGUAGUAUGUGCUACCCUAUCCAUCAGCCGGUCCUAUUUAUCGAUCCUUAGUUUUGUAUUUAAGUAAGCUUAUCGCUAGCACACUGUCCAUUGACACUGGACGUGUGGUGUUCAGAUUUAACAUAUGUUCCUCGACUAUCAUCCGGUUCGACUAGCCGCGUGUUGCGUGCGUCGGUCAUCUUUUAACCAGGCAGGAAGAUAAUUACGGAAUAAUACGCUUAAGAGAUAUGAGAUGUAUUUUGCGUUGCGUUUAUUUUUUGCGAUCGAAACUCAAUCCAGCUAGCACACCGCAACCCCUGCAGGUGUAAAGGAGAACAUAUCAGGUACGAUAAGAUGUGUUCGUGCGCAGCAGUUUGCCUGAUAUGUGGAGGACAGAUAAUCUUAAUAAUACACUUUGUGUCCUACCAGUACCAGUUCGGGAAUGUUCUCUCAUUGUUUUCCUCUUAUUGUAUGUGUACAGUGGUGUUACAGGCAGGAAGGGGAGCGCAAAAGUAAAACAAACACACACACACAUGGAGCCGAUUAUUGCUCUGCAAAAGCAAUCAAUUCGAAGGUCCUAGCUGGACGGCUACGAGCCGCUAUGCUCCGUUGGGAUGAGUGUGUUCAAGAAUAGGGAUUACAAUCAGCUAGUAAGAAAGGUAUUGUCUAACAGUGUGGCAGGUGUUAAACUAUAAAUAUUAUAAAACUUCCUUUAACGAGAUGA